UAGUAUUACGUUAUGUCAACGUAACUCUUCUCUAGACUUCUCUCUAUCCUCCACGUGUUCUUAUUCCUCUAUAUACCUCACUCUUCCUUCUUCUUCCUCUUCUCUUCAACACUCUCAAUUUUUCAAUACCAAAUGGCUGAAGGAACAGACUUUGCACUCAUCCAACUCAGAAACUCUCUUCAGAAGCUUGGUUCUUCUUCAGAGGGUUAUGAGGACCCUACACUAAUGAGGUUUUUGAUUGCUCGGUCAAUGGAACCAGAAAAGGCAGCAAAGAUGUUUGUCCAGUGGCAGAAAUGGAGAGAGACUAUGGUGCCUAAUGGGUUCAUUUCAGAUUCUGAAGUUCCUGAUGAAUUGGAAACUAGAAAGAUCUUUUUGCAAGGAUUGUCUAAGGAUAAAUACCCUGUGAUGAUUGUCAAAGCAAGUAGACACUUCCCUUCCAAGGAUCAGAUUCAAUUCAAGAAAUUUGUUAUACAUUUACUGGACAAGACAAUUGCAAGUGCUUUCAAGGGAAGGGAGGUAGGAAAUGAAAAGUUGAUUGGGGUUCUUGAUCUGCAGAAUAUUUCGUAUAAGAAUGUCGACCCACGUAGUUUAAUUACUGGAUUUCAAUUUAUACAGGCUUACUACCCUGAACGUUUAGCAAAGUGCUAUAUUUUACAUAUGCCAUGGUUUUUUGUGAGUGUUUGGAAACUAGUUUCUGGAUUCCUAGACAAAUCAACUCAAGAAAAGAUUGUAAUUAUAAACAACGAGAAUGAGAGAAAGGAGUUCAUUAGUGAUGUUAGUGAAGAAGUUCUCCCUGAAGAGUAUGGUGGAAGAGCAAAGCUUGUAGCUAUCCAAGAUGUUGAAGUCAGACCACUGGAAAAUGGAAAAACAAAUUGAUUAAUUAAAGUAUCUACAUGGAAAUCAAAUAAUCAUUUUAGAGUCUAGCAGGGGGCAUCUUAUAGUUUUAACUCCUUAAACAUCUAUAGAAUUUUAACCAGAGGACACGACAUCUACAUCAUAGGAUAGGAUAGACGUUACCUAUUCUAUAUUUAUGGUAAAUCAAAUUAUGAACUGAGAUAUGAUUUGAUAAUUUAUCAUAUAUGAUUUAUUUUAAAGUCUUGC